AUUCGCGCCACCCUCCAAUCGACCGCUACAAUAACACAGUAUAUACCUCGAUGUAAAGAAGGACCCUAUUUACGAUGAAGUUGUGCAGUGUUAGAUCUGUGUUUCUUUCGUCGCCCGACCCUCUACGUUGGGAUUAAAAUGUGUCGUCGAGCUGAUCUCACGACAAAUCUUUAUAUCCGACUAUUGAAUCACAUUCCCAGUUUGCUAUGGGAUGCAGACUUGGGAAAAACUUGAUUUGGAAAAAACACAAAUCGUGAGCUCGCUCCGCCGAGUAUUUGUGCCAUCCUAAUAUUUCCCGUACGAUUCUCGAUGGCUGACGUGUCCGAGGAUGUGCUGAUCAAGGACGCUGCUACAGCGAUCUCUCAGGGUAAACGUCAUCUCCUGGUGCGCGACUAUAACCUGGCAGUGGUCGUGUUGGCGCAGGCUUGCGAGCUUCUUGUUCGGGAGCACGGUGAAACAGGCGACGAAAUGGGCGAACUCUAUCUGCUUUAUGGACGUGCUCUUCUCGGUUUGGCUCGCGAGGAGGCAGGAGUACUGGGGGGCGGUGUACCCGGAUCCGAAGAGGCUAGCCAAGAUGAGGAAGUUCAAGAGGAGGAAGAGGAGGAGGAAGAUGAGGAGACUGGAACCGAGGACAACAGUCCAUCCGCACUGGACGACAAGGAGGAUGAUAAAAAGCAGCUCAACGGCAAGGAGGAGCAGUCCGGUAAAACAGACGACUGUCAAAUUAAGGAACGGAAUAACAAGCAGAAGGAGGAGGAGACCCCCGGUUGCAGCCGAGAUUUAGAUGGCGCGAACAAGACGGAGAGCGUCGAGAAGGACAACGACGAGGACGAUGUGAACAAUCUACAGAUCGCCUGGGAGGUACUGGAAUUGGCGAAGCUGGUGCUGUUGAAGCGUGGCUCGUCGGGCUGGAAAUAUCUGGCUGAGGCUUACCGCCUCUUGGGCGAGGUAGCCAUGGAGGGAGGCAAUCACGAGACCGCGUUGAUCGAUCUGCAGGGUUGCCUGGACCUGCUGCAAAAGAUCACGCCGCCCGACCAUCGCGCGAUCGCCGAGAUUCACUAUCAGCUCGGGCUCGCGCACGCGAUGGCCAACGAUUUCGACGCUAGCAUCGAACAGUUCAAGCAAGCGUCGGCCUUGCUGGAAACACGAAUUGUACAUCUUCAGAGUAUGCAGGACGACCCACCUCCCGAGUCUUGCAACGAUCCUUUCUACACCGUUCAGGGCGAGAUCAAAGAGCUGAAGGAUCUCCUGCCCGAGAUUCAGGAUAAGAUUGCCGAUAUCAAGGAUCUCAAAAAAGAGGCUGGUGUCAUCAAGGAGAUCAAGGAGGACGCGUUGAACGAUGUCGCGGAAUCGAGCGACGCCGCUGGAAACGGCGCUACUACGUUUAAACCGGCCAGUGAUAUCUCGCAUCUGGUGAGGAAGAAACGCAAAGCGGAGGAUGAGGCGGAUUCCGCCGCUGUUGUUUGUAAGAAGCCGACGACGCAGCGUGAGGACGCGUGAAAGGCGCGAGUGUGCGAUUUUACGAUCAGAACGCUCAGAACUUUUAAAAGACUCGAGAAUAUUGAUAUUUUUCGCGAAUGUAACGUAGAAAAACCGUAUUCGUUAAUGUGCGUGGAGAAACGGUGUUUCUCAAAAAAGAGCGGACGGUGUUCCCGAGAUAUCAAGUUGAUCAAAAAGUAGUCUCGUCCUUUCUUGCUUUUGUCCUGUUCCUUCUUUUUCAUUACUAUGUAAAAAAAAAAGAAAAAAAAACAAAAAAGAAUAAACUUUUCGAUCAACUUGAUACUACGGAUGGCGUAUAAUUGCCGGAAUGUCAGGAGUUGAUGUAGAAAGGUCUAUCGUUUAUGUACCUUGAAAUCUCUCUCUUCUCUAUCGUAAAUUAAACAUUGCUUUGCGACGUCUGUUGUAUUCGCGUGUACGAACAUUGAAAGUGUCGUCAAUUUUGUCACUGGUGUUAGAAGAGUAUGUCACUGUGAUGGAGCACGAUAAAAAGCGACCGUUUUUUGGCCAAUGGAUUACAUUCCCGAUGCAGACAACUGUUAAAAUGCGAGAAGUUCAUGCAUAUCUCAGAUCAUUAAAAAGAAAAGAAAAAAAUCAAGUGUUAAGUUGGAAGUCUUUUCGUUUUCAAAUCAUCCGUGUAUCAGUGUGUCCCAGAUUGAAUAAAAUCGUUUUGACUUAA